AUGUUCAUGCUUUCAAAAAAUAAAAUUAUAAAUGCAAUAUUUUAGUUGUAAAAUAGCUUUGAAAAAAAAGAUAAAGAACAAAUAGAAAGAAUCAUUUUCAAUUCUCCUAGCGAAGAAGAAUGGGAUUAGUUUAGACAAGUUUAAUAAAAUAUUAGAAGCUUGUAUUUGAGAAGCUUCAAAUAGAAAAUUUAGUUAAUCAUUAGCAAUUUUACCUCUUUAAAAUAGCUCUUUUGGGAUUGUGGAGAUAAUAAUGAUGAAGAAUAAAUUCCUAAAAGCAUUUGUAUGGGAUUAAGGAACAUGAAAAACUUGUGCGAGCUAGUUCUUAAAUUCAAUUCUUUCUCAAUUUUGCAAGAAAACUUUUUUAAAGAUUUGUUUCUUGGGAAUUUGCAGCAAGUAGGAACAUUUAAUAAAUUAGCAAUUCAAUUUGAUAAAUGCAGCUUUUCGCAAGCUAAUAUAGAUGAUUUAGCUGAUAAUUUAGUUUUUCUGUAAAACUUAAAGCAUUUAAGUAUUUAAUACCAUCCAUAAUGCAAUGAUGAACUCUCCUUUUUUUAAAAAAUAUGGUUGGCAAUUAGCUCAUUAAAUAUUUUAGAAUCAUUAAGCAUUGAUUUAGGUUUUUAACCUUAAUAAUUUAGUUAAGAAGUAGAUUUUUAAAUGGCAUUAAAGGAUAAACCAAUUUGUAAUUCAUUAAAAUAUUUAAGGUUGUUCAUGGUAGAGACAACUUAAAGUGAAGACUAGUAUAAAUUAUUUAAGUCUUUGUGUGAAUUUAAGAAGCUAGAAAUUUUUGUAUUCGAGCAAGAAAUUCACGCUUAUUUAAAAUAAAUAGAUGAUUUAUUAGCUUUAUUGCUAUAGAAUAAUAAAGAAACAAUUAAAAAAUUGGAUUUGUCUUUAUAUGAAUUUGAAGCUGCAAGUUUUGCUGAAAGUGAAGACAAUUUAGAUGAAGCAGAAAGAAUGCCAUUUAAGUUUUUAGAUUAAAUAAAAUACCUAUAGAAUCUAGAAAGACUCAAAAUAGUUUCUAAUUUAUUUACAGAUUUUAACUCUCUUAAAACUCUAACGGAGAAUGCUAAAUAAUGUAAAUUUCUGAAUUAAUUUUAUUUAGAAUAUGAUAUUACUCCGUUUGACGAUUUAGAAUUAGCUCAAUAUAGGAAAAUAUUUGAUGACUUGAUGAACGUACCAUACUUGAUCAAUUGCUUUGCUGAUGAUAAAAUUCGCUCGUAUUAAGCCAGGUCAUUUAAAAAAACAACUUUAGAGGUUUUUGAUGUAGAUGGUUCUAUUACAAAUUAUUUUGACCCAUUUACAAUUUCAAAAAUUUAUAAAAAAUAUGAGAAAUAACUGCAAUUAAAUCAAAUUUCUAUUGAAAAACUCAAAAAUAUUUUUAAUUAGAAUUUUAUUAACAAAAGCAUAUCAAUGCAAGAUUUAAUUACUCUUUAAAUACCACCAUAAUAAAACUAAACAAAUUAAUAAUUUGGAAGUUUAUAAAAUAUAGAAUAAAUUGCAAAUUAUAGUUGCUCAUCUUCAAAUACUUUCUAUUCUGAAGAAGGUGAAAGUUAUUCCUUUUCUUCUGAUGAAAGCAAUUAGAAAUCUCGUUGCUGUUUAAUUGUCUAAAAGUAUCUCCAAGAAAAAGUGACAUAAAUUUUAUAGAUUCAUAUUUUUAAAGAUUAAAUAGAUCUUGGAUUAAAAGAAACAUUAGGAGAUUUAUCUUUAAUAAAGUAUUUAUAUUGGGAUUUAUAUAUUUGA